UUGUCAUAGCGACUGUCAAAAUGGCAGCGACUGUAGACGAGCAUGCAGCCUCUGAGGUUUUGAAAGGUAUCAGCUGACACUUAAAAUGCCUAAACGUUGAAAAUAAGUUAACACGAAAGAGGGCUCUUGAGUCGAUAAAGAACCAGACUGUGAGUAAAGGACUCCCCAGCGAUGUUUUACAGGAAGUAUUUUCGUCCCUUCUCAAACCUCUUCUCAAGUGUCUAUCGGACCCGAUGGAGAACUGCAGAGAAACAACCAUCGCUAUCAUAACAGACUUUAUUCGCUGUGUCCCCAAACCGGAGGAAGCGUUGCCCUAUCUGAUGCCCUGCCUGGCUCAGCGGUUCGGGGACAAAGAGAUCUUGGAGCCAUCGGAGGAGAUUCGACUGUUGGCCGUGGAGAUGUUGGCUCUUACGGUGGAGGUGUGCGGCAGACAUUUAGCGCCUUAUCUCAACGAAAUGAUCAACAUCCUCAAGAGAACCAUCGUCGAUCCGUUCCCGGAUGUCAAAAAGGAGAGUUGUAAAUGCACCGUUAGCUUUGCAAAGUCUGUGCCAG